AAGCAUUUACGGAAAAGAUGCGCGGAUUAGGAUAUCCUAAACGUAUAUCUAUGGAAAGCUUUAGAACUCCAAAUUUUGACCUUGUGUCGGAUAUAUUGUAUUGGCUAGUAAAAAACUAUGACCCAUCUAUUGAUAUCUCCAAUGAUAUCAGCUCUGAGCAGGACCGUGUUAUUUUUGUUAAAUCCAUUGCAUUGUUCAUGGCUCCAAAAGCACACAUUCAACUCAAUACACGUAAGCUUUAUACGGCGGAUGGUUAUGCAGUCAAAGAACUUCUUAAAAUCGUCAAUAUUCUAUAUGAAGCACAUACAAUGCGUUUGGAUCACAACAGUAAUCAAUCAACUAUUCAGCCAUUGGAUAUUUCUAAUCGUAUUGGUAAACUAAAGGCUAGUCGUACUUUGGCAUCAGAAAUCAUUGAGAAAGGUGCAGAGCUAUACGAUCUUCUCGGACAAGAAAUAUCUCUAAGAGAUCGACGCACGGAUGUGAUUUCUCGACCAUUUGAGUUGGCAGAAAUGGAACAGGCCGUAACAGCUGCAGUGAAUACUCUUCGUGAUCAAAUGACAGUCACACGGACUGGAAUGGAUAAUUUACAUUCAGAUGAAAUUAACUUGCUGGCAAAAAUUGAAAAGAAAAAGGUGGAGCGAGACCGAGCUGAAAAGCGUUUAAAAUCAUUACAAGGAGUUCGUCCAGCAUAUAUGGAUGAGUAUGAAAAAAUUGAAGUAGAGCUUUCCAGAUUGUAUGAAACCUAUAUGGAAAAGUUUCGUAAUCUGGCGUUUUUGGAACAACAGCUUGAUGAAUAUAACCGCGAAGAGCAAAACAAAAGUGAAGAAACCGAGUCGUCAAUGAAGCGGAUGCAGAAUCGAUUGCGUGAGGAAGAGCUACGACUGCUGCGUGGUGAAAAAGAGAUUGAAAAGAGUACUAGUAUUAGAAGUCGUGGUGGACAUAAUGAACGACCAGCAGCUGCUGGGUCUCGAUCGCGUAGCUUAAACCUAGAUGAUGACGAUUUGAAAAGUAGCACUGAAAACAGCAGUAUAUCAGAUGAUCCAAACAGUGAUCGUGAUGAGGAUGAAGAAGGAUCCAUUGAUACAGCGUUGUCAAAUGCCGAUAUUGUUCAAGAUGACAUGGAUGAUGAGAUAUUUACUUCAAGAGAAAGUUUAGACCACAGUAGAGAUGUCAAUCGAGUAACAAGAGCACGUAGUACACGACCUAGACGUGCAGGAGAGAAUAGUCAGAGUACAAUACAGCGGUCAGGGGGCGAUAGUGCAGCUGGAAUGCGCAUGCUAGGAUCCGGGGUAAAGUCUAGCGGAUCUGGUAUAGCAGGAAAAAGCAGGACUAGUCAAGUUUCAGAUGAAAUGAGAGAAAGAAGAGGUCAAAACAAACAUGAUGAUGAAGAGUCGGAAGAAGAGAUAGAAAUGGAGGACGACGAAGAAACAAAUGACUCGGGAUCAGAGUUUGGGAGCAGACACGGCGUAGAUUACGAUAACGACUUUUAA